GUCACUUGACACGAUCAUGAGAGCGAUGUCGACAUAAAAUCAAGUUAUUAAAAGCGGUCUCUCCUCUUGUCUUCACGACAAGGUCGCUCUACAGGUUGGUCAAAAUGUAUGCCCUGUACAUUGUGAGUGGACUGCUGGCACUGGUAGCAAGCAAACCCUGUGACCCUAUAGGAUCGGAACAUAGUGAGCUGCUCCUCUCACUCAAUAAGAAGCUGCUGCGUUCUCUGGAGGACCAGGAAACAUCCCCUAAUCCGAGUGUGCACCUGGCCCUGCGUCUGUCCACUCACCACAACCUUGGCAAGGAGAGUGAAAACCUGAAUGCACUCAAAACAGAUUUACACAAUGACAUUGAGAGCUCUCUGGCUAAUAGCCAGCCAGUGGUGGGUCUCCUGGCRCUUUACACUCUGGCCCUGAAGGCCUCCUGCUAUGAUCUCAACACCCUGACCUUCACCGUCAACCAGAGGAGCGAGACCCUGCUGACUCAUCUCAAGAGACAGAUGGCACUGGAGAAAGAGCACAUCACCUUCAGUCACCGUCCUCUGACAAAUUACUACCAGUACUCUCUAGGCGUGCUGGCACUGUGUGUGAGUGGKGUUAGAGUCAACUCUCACGUGAGCAAGAAGCUCGUCGGGGCUGUAGACCAUGGACAUAUCAAACACGGAGACUCCGAUUGCAUCGACACGUUUGCCAUGGCUGGAAUGGCCCUACAGUGCCUGAAGGAGUCUGACACUCGGGUGCAGGAUGCGGCUCUUGACAAGGCCCUGGGCGUCAUCAAGCAGAAGCUACUGGACUCCCGGCGGGCUGAUGGUCACAUGGGAAAUGAGUUCAGCACAGGCCUGGCAGUGCAGGCCCUGCUGGCUAUGGGCAGCCAGGUGCAGGAGUGUUCUACCUCAAUGGAAGCCAUGAGGUCAGAUGUGAGGAAGGGAACAUAUCGCAACCCCAUGGCCAUGUCCCAAAUUCUGCCUGCCCUCCAGCAAAAGACCUAUCUGCAAGUCAAGGGAAAGCAGUGCCGCAAUGAGGAUGACAGCCUGGUCCUGGAAGCCAGACAGCCAGUGAUGGUGUUACAGAGCAAUACCAAAGUAGCCCUCAAGUUGGAGGUGGUCAAAUCACAUGGGGCUCUUGAUGUCUAUUCUGUUGACGUGCCAACGGGCACCUCGUUGGUUUAUGCCCUUGAACUCCUUCAAAAGAAGAACAUUGGCUUCACGUUUGAGAAGGAGACCAGCCUGUGGGGACCCUUCCUGAGRGUGGUGAAUGGGGAACGGGCUCGACAGACCGACCGUAGAUACUGGCGCCUCUCCUCAGACGGCAACGCUCUCAGCCAGGGUAUCAAAGACUUCAAGAUUGAGACGGCUCAAAAGAUCACCCUCGAAAACACCAGCUACUGAGAAUCAAGAUGUUUGAAGCACAGUGAUUGAAAAGGUGUCAUGUCAAAUUAUCUGAUGUGAAA